CUGGAGUACACGUCUCUUCUCUAAUCGACUCGUGCUCUGUUCAUCAUGAUAAACACCUUUCACACUAGCUACAAUCCUCCGCCGGUGCCUCCACGGGCAGGAUACAGCAAACCCCGGCCAGUGGGCAACACAUCUUUAGUCAAGUUUUUGUCAGUGAUGCUACUGCUGUUAAUGAUACUGACCUUCGGAGGCUUCCUCUACCUGUUCCAGAAACUCAACAUGCAGCUCCAGGACAGUUAUCAUGAAGACAUCAGCCUACAGAGACUCCAGGACUGUGCCGACAGCAGUAUGGGAGAAGACUCAAUGACAGAAUGUGGCAAACUGAUGGAAAGAUAUAAAGUUGUCAUAGCAAAGGUUUCACAAGCAAAUGAAAAAUUGUCUAAGUUAACUGGAGGGCCACACUUUAUUGGACCAGCUGCACACAUGACUGCUCUGACUGAGCAUAAAGAUAAGACUUCUGACUUCUUGAAGACAAGCAGUCUUCUUUGGGAUGAAGAGCACUCGCUGCUACAGGAUGUACGGCUCAGCAACAAACGGGACAAGUUGACCAUUCAGUAUCCCGGAAUCUAUUUAAUCUAUUCCCAGGUCACCUUCUCCAAAAAUUCUCCUUUAUCUUCAUUAAAGCAAUCCAUAAGGAGCACAGUACAGCAAGGCAAGGAGCUACUCAAGUCUUUUUGCAGUUUGAACCCAAACCCACCAAAUUUGUGUACAGCUUCUCUGGCGGGGGUGUUCCAUCUAGAGAAAGACCAACAGAUUUAUGUUACAGUAACAAACACAUCCUUGGUGAACCGGGACUCCUGCAGCUUUGGAUUAUUCAAAUUGCGGUAAAGAACACUCUGGAACUGAAGCGGUCAAGGGGGAGAUGGAUGAUACGAGACGGUCAGGGACUGACUGGAUCAAGGCACUAUAAUUAAACGGAUAAUUAUACAGUCAUGUUAUACAUCUCAAGGGAAAGACAUUGCACCACCUCUUCUCCUUGACACCAAACCACAAUCCAAGCUCAGGGCGAACAAGGAAGUCAUGAAACCAUCUGAAUAUGGGAACAUCCUUUCGAUUAUAUUGUUCAUUGCAAAUACAACCCGAUAAGA